AUGCCUAUGGAAUUGAGAAGUGCUCUAGUGGCAGGACUGAUUGAUCAGCAGACUAAUACUUGGGAUCCCCAUAUUCUAUCUGAUUUAUUUAUUACUGAGGAUGUGACUCGUAUAUCUAAAAUUCCUGUUAGCCCAGAUUAUGAAGACUUAUGGUUCCUCCCAAAUGGAAGACAUUCCUAUGGAGAGAAAUUUGUGAUAUUCGAUCUCUCCACUACUACCAAUUUGAUUAUAAAGAGGGUGGAAGUGAGUCCUACAUGCCAAAUGUGUGGUUUGGCUCAUGAAGAUGUUAUGCAUGCUCUAAUAUUUUGUGAAUAUUCUAGACUUGUUUCGAUUGUUACAGAAUUACCUAUCACAAAUAUUGUUACCAACUCCUUCCCAACAUGGCUUGUGGGUGCAUUGGCAGCUUUGACGGAGGAGCAAUGUGGACUGAUGGUGGCUGUGUUGUACCACAUGUGGAGAAGCCGGAAUUCUGCCACAUGGAAGGGGGCUCUCCCACGCCCCGGCGACGUUUGGAGGAGGGCUGCCACCGCCAUGCACUCUUUCCGGCAGGUGCAUCACCGCUCCACACAGCCCACGUUGGCAGCAGCAGCAGCGAUCGAAGAGCACGAAGGCCCGCAGUGCUACGUCGACGCCGGUUUCCUGCAGGACACCGGGGAGGCCAUGUAUGGAAUUGUGUUGCUCUCUUCGGAGGGCUCGUUCAUGGCAGCGAGAAAGGGCAAGCUUCCGGCCUGUUUCUCACCGCUUAUGGCAGAGGCUCUGGCUUUAAGGAGGCGUUAUCUUGGCUAA